UAGUUCUACAAGAUUCCGUGCGACUCUUAGGUUGGUAGAAUCGUUUAACUCCCAGUUUAGGAUAUAUCAGACGUCUAUAGAACUCUUGCAACAUUCGGUAGUUUUCGCUUGAGGUAAUACGACAGUUUUUUCUUUGAUCACAUUUUGUUCGUAAACAUCAGGAGCACACUAACACAUACUCAAUAUUAUUUUUUUUUUGUGAAUUUUACAUAAACAUUUGUAUUGUUUUGUUAUAGAGGUGACUAGUUUAGAAUAGGAUAUUACCUUUGACAAUAUAUAUUUCAGAGAGAUAUAGAAAUCAUGUCAAUCGGAGAGCCUGAGAAUAAUUUCCCCAAAAACUCACCACCAGUUUCUCAGCCAGGAAGUGGCAGAAACACGCCUCCUGUGGUCCACCGGUCUGGAAGUUUACUUCUGAGUAGCAAUAACAGCAGCAAGGCAGACAUACUGGGUAGUAAAUUCAUCAACAUCCCGAAAAACGGAACAGCUGCAACAACCUCCAAUGGAGACCAGGGCACGGCUAACAAUUCAAGUCAAAGCCCCCCUACAGUGGUAAGAAGAUCGUCAUUUGGCUUAAACUUCCUAAGUUCAUUUACAAAUUCAAUAAGAACUAACCCAGCCAACAAUAACAACAAUAGCAAUAACAAUUUGGGUAGCAAUUCAGUAGACGAACAUGCUACGCAUAAUGAAAGAAGUAGUCCUCCUAUCCCACAGGACUCGCCUCAUAAUUUUAUGUCGAAUAGUCCCACGAUUGCAAAUUUGAAUUCAUAUUCAAAUGCCGCCCCUAAUGUAUCUAAUGACCCUAAUGAAAACAACGUACAACAUGGCCCUAACGGAGUUAGUGGUCUUCGCAUCACAUCCGGAAUUUCUGGUAAUAAUAGCAGCAGUGACCUGGAUGAAGAGUUACCUGGAGUCACCCCAACCCAAACGGAACCACGAAGCAGUGUUCUUAGUGCAGUGGAGGAAGCGCUGUCUACCGGUGGUGGAGCUGUACUUGCACCAGAUGUAGUUGCAGCAUCGACAACUGCUGCUAUUGAAUCGAACGGUAUCGACAAGGAUGGGUUCUUUUCAGUGAGAUUGACUCCUUUAAUUGACCAUUCUUCUUCAACUUCUGGGCUUUAUUUUGCUCCAAUAAUACGAAAAAUGAAGCCAAAGAAUGAAAUUUCUAUUGGAAGAUAUACUGAAAAAAAUAAAUCUGCAGCACAUGCUCCACAAGGGUCAUCAUCACCCAUUGUAUUCAAAUCUAAAGUGGUUUCCCGUACACAUGCAUUGUUCCAAUGUAAUGAUGAUGGACAAUGGUUUCUCAAGGAUUGUAAAUCUUCAUCAGGAACUUUUCUUAAUCAUAUCCGGUUAUCCCCGGCUUCACAAGAACUGACGUUGAUGCCACUAAUCGACGGAGAUAUAAUUCAAUUGGGGAUGGAUUAUCGAGGGGGAACUGAAGAAGUCUAUCGAUGUGUUAAGAUGCGCUGUGAAUUCAACAAGAGUUGGCAACGUAAAGUAAAUCAGUUUAAUUUGGAAAUUCACAAGAAAUUGAAAAAUUUGGCUAUAAAUCCCAAUGACCAACUCGGUCAAGAUUUGAAAUUGAACCCAUUAGGUGGAGCCCUUGCUUCUGACGAUCUCUCUGAAUGUGCAAUUUGUCUCUUAAAACUCGAACCUUGUCAAGCAUUAUUUAUCAGUCCUUGUUCACAUUCUUGGCACUACAAAUGUAUUAGACCUAUCAUUAUAAAAAGUUAUCCACAAUUUUAUUGUCCAAAUUGCAGAUCGAUGUGCGACUUGGAGACUGAUAUUGAAGACGAUGAGUAAAGUACUAGAGAACGAUAAGAGGGAAUGAAUUAAAUGAAAUAGUAACAAUCUUUCCACUAAACGUCUACACAACUUGUUAACGAAAAUUUACUAACAUUGGCCCAUUUUGAAAGAAAGGGUUUGUAUGUGAAACUGCAGCUUUUUUUACUAAAGAUAGUAAGUAUGGAAGUGUAUUUAACUUUAAUAUAUGCAUAUAUUUAUGUGCAACAAUUG